CGUUAUGCACGUGAGAGGCGAGACUAAUGAAGGCCGGCAACGAUUUAAUAACAUAAUUCAUAUAUUCUGAACAGUGGCAGUAACCACAAGCACCGCAAAAUCACAAUUGAAGUCCUCUCCGGAUCUGGGACGAAGAAAUGGAGAGUAUUGGAGUGCUGAUGGCGAUUCCGAUGAACCCUUACUUGGAACAGGAACUCGACAAGCGGUUCAAGCUCUUCCGCUUCUGGAACUUCCCGCAGAAGAAGGAAUUCCUGAGGGAGAACGCCAACGCGAUCCGCGCCGUCGUCGGAAACGCCUCCGCCGGGGCUGACGCCGAGCUGAUUGAUGCGCUCCCCAAGCUGGAGAUAGUCUCUAGUUUCAGCGUCGGCUUGGAUAAGAUCGACUUGGCCAAGUGCAGGGAGAAGGGAAUUCGGGUUACCAAUACCCCCGACGUCUUGACGGAGGACGUCGCCGACUUGGCAAUCGGGUUGAUGCUGGCUGUGCUCAGAAGGAUUUGCGAGUGUGAUCGAUUUGUGAGGACAGGGUUGUGGAAGAUGGGUAACUUCAAGUUGACUACCAAGUUUAGUGGCAAAACUGUUGGAAUUAUAGGGCUUGGAAGAAUUGGUUUAGCAAUUGCCAAGAGAGCAGAGGCUUUUGAUUGUCCAAUCUGCUACCACACCAGAUCAGAGAAACCAAACACCAAGUAUAAGUACUACCCCAGUGUAGUAGAGUUGGCUUCCAAUUGUCAGAUUUUGGUUGUUGCGUGCGCAUUAACUCCCGAGACUCGCCACAUUGUCAACCGCGAAGUCAUCGACGCACUAGGUCCACAAGGAGUUCUCAUCAACAUUGGUAGGGGUCCCCACGUUGAUGAGCGCGAGAUGGUAUCUGCUCUUGUUGAAGGCCGCUUGGGUGGUGCUGGGCUCGACGUAUUUGAAAAUGAACCUGAAGUGCCUGAGGAGCUCUUUGGACUUGAUAACGUUGUGCUGCUGCCCCAUGUUGGAAGUGGAACAAUGGAAACGCGCAAGGCCAUGGCUGACCUUGUGAUUGGAAACUUAGAAGCUCACUUUCUUAACAAACCACUAUUAACCCCAGUGGUCUGAAUUUGUUAUGAACACACCCAUGAUUGUUUGGGGGCCUGCCUUUACUAUCACCAGAGCACAUUGCCUCUGAACUUGACAAACAUGUAAAAUGAAUAAGUUCUCUCAUUGAGAGCUGGUAGCUUCACUGAUUUGAAAUUGUUAUGGACAUCAUAUUCAUGACUUUUGGUGCAUCACUUUUCUAUAGCCACUUUAGUCCACUUCACAUUAUUAUUA